GCAAUUAUCAGUGAUCCAGACAUCUCUCUCAUCUCUCCUCAGUUUCCCCUUCCAGUAUCCGGGCGAGGGCGGUUGUAUCCUUGGGGGCCUUCUCAGAGUGAGACUGAAUUUGCGAGGGACGCAGCAGGCGGCGAGAUGUCCUGGCCCGGACUUCUUUAUGGCCUCACCACGUCCCUCAGUCGUGGCCUAGCCCUGGCUCCCCAGCUCUGGGCCACCCGCUCCAUGGCCACCCUGAACCAGAUGCACCGCUUAGGCCGCCCGAAGGACCCCCCCAAGCGUCCAGGCCCCACAGAGGGCCGGCCCCAGCUGAAGGGUGUGGUACUGCGUACAUUCAUCAGGAAGCCGAAGAAGCCCAACUCCGCCAACCGCAAGUGCUGCCGAGUGCGUCUCAGCACCGGCAAAGAGGCUGUCUGCUUCAUCCCCGGGGAGGGCCACACCCUGCAGGAGCACCACGUGGUCCUCGUCGAGGGGGGUCGCACCCAGGACCUGCCUGGGGUUAAACUCAAAGUUGUGAGGGGCAAGUAUGACUGCGGCCACGUGCAAAAGAAGAAAUGAUCAUAAUCAUAAUUCACAGUGGUCUGGUACUGGAUCCUUGGUAACCGGUUCCUCCUGCUCGGGGACAGCUAGUCUUGGGCUCAGAUCUUACUGUGAUUCAGCAAGACUGCUAUUAACCUGCAAGAGUUCUGGAGGUGAAUUGGAAGGAAGGACCCCUGUGCCCGAUCCCUGGGCUUCCAUGUAUGGAACCUGCAGGUUGGCCUCAUGUGCUGGGAUGGAGGUUAUAAUAAACCUAUCUUCAGGUUGUGAUGUCA